UUUGUCCAAUACUGGAAGAAACGGAUUUCCCACCAAAACGACCGAUUGUAAUUGCCACUUGGCAACUCCUCGGUUCUCUCACCGGCUUCAAUGGCUUUUUGAGCCUUGACUUCAUUUUCUUGGCCUGCCAAGCAACCCACCAGGCCACCAUAAUACCAUAUACAACCUAAAAAGUCGAGAAAUUGUGUUAAAACUCAUGUAGUGAGACAGAGAGCUCCAAGUCCAAGACCAGGCUCUCACUUCCUCAUCUUCUUCUCCUUCUAUUUUGUCUACUUGUUUUGCUUUCUUCAAGUCUCUGAAGUUUCUUCUUUUCAAUGACGGAGACAUCUAUGAAACUUAAAUUUCCAGCACAGAAUUUAUUGCCAAUUCGGACGAUUUUUUGUUUCAUCUAUAUUUUGUCGGUUUCGCUGCUUCCAUGAAUUAAAACAAACAGAGCAUCGGUGGCAGUAGAAUUCCGGAUUUCUCCUUCUUCAUUUGACUCACGAGACUCCCAUGGAGCCUCAACCUUGUAAUUCCUCCUCUUGAUGAUUUAAUUGGGUUUUGCUUAUCUCUUGUUCUUCUGGGUUCUAUUGGGUAUUCCGUAUUCGUGAAAAUGAGUCAACUAGGUGUGAUAUUGCAGGAAUCGAGAAACAGAGAGAGGGAGACAAUUACGAUUCUCGGAUUGCUGAGGGAGCAAAUGGACGGACUAGAUGGAACGUUGAGGAGGAAAAGGACACUUAAAGAACGUCUAGGAAUCGGCAUGGGAUGUUGUGGCGGUUCCCGGGCUUUUGGACCUACCUCCAUGAGUGUCAGAGAUGAUGACGAAGAAGACGAAGAGCUCCCACAACAACAAAACCAACAACAGCAAAUACAGGUGAUUAAUACGAGCACCGAAAGUGUUCAGGUUCCAGAUUGUGUUUCUCCGGCCCAGAUCCAGACCAGUUCGGGUAUGAACUUAGCGGCGGCUUUAGCAGCAGAGAGGCAAUUCAGGGCGUCAAACGAACCGGAAGAACCCUUAAUCAGGUCCAUUAAUGAUAGCAAUGUGGGCCAGACUGAUGACGAUCCAACGGUUGGGAUUACGAGACCGGGUACUCCGUUAAGGGUGUCCCUGAUGCGGUUGUUAGAUUUGACGGCGGACCGCGGAGAUCAAGGAGAGGUGGUGGCGGUAGGGACAGAAAAAGAGGCUGAGGGAGGUGGGGUCGUGGCGGGCAAUGAUUCUGUGUGUUGCGUGUGCAUGGUGAGAAAGAAAGGCGCAGCGUUUAUUCCAUGUGGUCACACUUUUUGCAGAGUGUGUACGAGGGAGCUUUGGUUGACCCGAGGCUCUUGUCCCCUCUGCAAUCGUUUGAUCCUCGAGAUUCUCGACAUAUUCUGAUACAGCUAAGAUCAUGAUGCGUGACUGAUUUCAACGGUUCUGAUGUGCCUAGAGAUUUGUGUACGUUGGUGAACUGUAAAGGUGAGGGCACAAGGAGAAUUUUUAUUUUUUUUUUUUCUUUUUAUUUUCAGUUUUCUAUAGAAAUCCAUUUUAAUUACGA